ACAAUAUAAUAAUAAUAAACACGGAUCAAUAUAUUAAUAACCACAAAGGUCUAAGAUUAUAUUUAAAUCAAAUCUGUGGUAACAGUAUAAACUAAUAAGUCAAAGAUAAUAAUACAUGCAUUUUAAAAUGUUGACCUUGCAUUAAUCAAAUUAUUCAACAGACAACUGGCCAAUAUAUUUUAUUUUAAUAUCUUAUUUUCAAUCAAUGUGCCGCCUCGAUUAGAUAAAUGUUGCAUUGAAAAUUGUAUGGGAAAUCAUAAAUCUAGAUUUAGUGUUCCAAUAGCCUCCCAUGAAAAAUGGGAAAGAGUAAUUGGUAAAACUUUAAAUAAAAGGUCUAGGAUUUGUGGUGAUCACUUUCUUGAAGAAGAUAUAAUUGACACCUGGGUAUCAGGACAAGGGACUAGUAAGUACUCGAAAUUUUUAAAAAAGCCUGGCUUAAAGAAAGGUGCUGUACCAAUGGUAAUGUUAAAUUUGAUAAAAAGUUGUUAAGAAAAUCAAAAUCAAAAG